AUGGCAAACGACAGCAGCAGCAAUAGCGCCGACAGCAACAACCCUAAUACACAUUACAAUAUGCCGUCCAAAGAGCUGGACUGGUGGUCUGAAGAUGCCAUGGUGCGCUUCGGAACAAACACACAAAAGUCGAACGAGCCCGCGUGGCAGGACGUUGGUGCCAACGUGCUGCGCAUGGACUCGCUGUACGAUGCCUCGUUCCACAACUGGCUAAAGUGUGAGGACAACGUGACGAUAAUCGCAUCAUAUCUGCAACGCAUCGCCAAUGAGUACCCGAUGGACCGCAUCAUCAACGCGCUCAGGUGGCUGGUGUCGUCUUGGCGACUCGAGUCAACAGUAGUCAUUGUGCGGCACAUCACAGCAGACUGGGCACUUCCCAAGAACCCGCCCAAACCCACAGCAUCGAUGCCAUUCCGCCUCGACACACACUCGGCGUCACUGCAGUCGGACCCUGCUGUGCUGAGCGGCGAGGGCCGGCGAGGAGUGCUUGUGCGCGAGCUUACAAAGGACUGGUCGAGCCAGCAGAUUGCACAGCUUGUGGGCAUGCUGGCGCUGACGUUCUGGAGCGAGCGCACGCACCUCGAGGCCUUCCUGCGCACGCUUGUUUCGGACUGGGACUUUUGCCGACUGUCCAGCUUCUUUUCGUACGUCAGCGGCCAGCUGGGCCUUGACUACCGCAUGAAGGUAUCGAUGCUGCAGCAGGCCGCCCGGCGCAACGCAUCGCGGCUCUCGGUCAAGCGCGCCCGCAACGGGGGGCCCAACACGAAAAAGUCAGCCGAUGGAAGCAACGAGGAUGAUAGCAGCAACAAGCGGAUGCGCCAGGACACGCUGGUGCACGAUGCCGAGGACACUGAGUCUAGCCCCGUGGCGUCUGCAAUGAGCUCGUCGUUGACUGAAGUGUCCAGCGAGCGCGAAAUCCGCCCUGAUUCAGCAGCAGUCACCCCUGCUGCUUCUACCGCUGCCGCCGCCGCCGCCUCCUCCAUCAUUGAGAACAACAGCAGUAGCGGCGGCGUUCAGCAGCCUGUGCUAUUGGCAUCCACCCAUAUCUCCGCCGCCGCGACAACCUCUGCAGUCACACCCAAUGGCACUGCCACCGCCUCGGCUGCCGUCAAUGCUGCUGCCUCGACCUCCUUCAGGUCAAUUGUUCCCUCACCCCGCGCCGCCGCCUUUUUGGCUGCUCGCAGCUCCCGAAUUAGACCAAUCAUGGAGUCUAUGCGGCCUGCACGGCCGUCGUUGCUGCAGUUUGACAUCCAGACAGCCUCAGCAAUACACCGGUCUGCUGCCGCUGUUGUCGGCGCGGCGACGACCCCCUCUUCUCCAGCUGACUCAACAAUGUCCGACUCGCCUUCUUCCAACACUUCGGCCUUGCUCAACCGCAUUUCAUCGCAGCCGUCGUCGUCUUCGAUGGAGGUCGACUCAGAGGAGAUCCAACCGUCAUCUUCAUCGACUGACCUGGCAUCUAUGCCGUACGCUCAGCAACAACAGCAGCAGCACCAACAUCAGCAGCAGCAGCAGCAGCGCCGCCGGCUGAGAAACAAUACCAGCGGUGCCACAGUGGCGCCAUCGAGCGCAUCAUCACCGCUGGUUGCUAGCAGCAGUACCGAGCACACAGCAGAGGCAUUGUCCGCUGCGGGAGCGUCGUCGUCCUCCUCCAAUAUGGUUUCGCGGCGGCCACUCACGCCCCAGAUUUCGUCGAGCGUGUUCAUCGUGGGGUCGGACAGCCACCCGUCCUCGCCCAACUUGCGGCAGCAGCAUCGCCACAACCACAGCUAUCAGUACCAUGACUGCCCCCAGCCGCUGACGCCGGCUCACACGUCCUCAGGGCUUUCGAUUAUCGGCAGCUCUGGCGACAGCGUGUCGUCUGGGUCGUCGACCACAGGCAGCGUGCCCAACCGGCCGGCCAUGCGCAUCCACGCAGCCAGCCUUAGCUCUGCCAACGAGUCGCCGUCACUUCUCAGCAGCAGUGGUGGCACUGACAGCACUGGCCAGGCGCCUCAGCAGCAACAGGCUCAGCAAAGCCAGCAGCAGGAGUUCAGGGCGCGUACUGCCAGCGAGAGCGAGCUGGGUCAGUUUGAUGGGCCUGCAUCGACACACUUGGCCUUGCCCUUGCCUUCGGAUUCGCCUGCCAAUGCCUCGAGCCUGUGUGGCCGCACGACAUCUACCCAUUAUGAUGUCCUAGGCAUUGUCAUGGCCGCCGAACCCGAGCAUCAGCUUGCAAACUCAUCGGCGUGA